ACAUUCCAGUCAUUCACUGAGUCAUAGGCGUCGAAGUUCCGAUACGAUUGUCAUCGAAACGAAGAACUUGCCACCUGCGCAACACAUGGCGCAGCGUCUGUUAUAUACUCUCACCUCAAGUUUUUUAUAAAUACUACAACUUCAGUAGUGUCCGACACAUCACAUCCCCGACCGCCCAUUUCCUAGUCAUCUACUGGUCAGAAUAUUGGAGGCGAGAUUUCGAAUUGUUAAUAGAAUAUAGGCCAUCUGGUAGUUCCCUAGCUGAAGCAACCAGCGGACACGGGAACUAUGCACAAUCCGUUCCAUCCAGCCCCCGCCCCCCCAGCUUUCGGCGAAAGACACGUUGUACCUGAUGAACAGUCUCCCUGCAAAACAUAUAGCACGUUUCUCGCGUCUAACUGACAACAUAUUCUCCAAGGAUCCUUUCGAAGCUCAUAUUCUCCUGGCUCGAUCCAUUUCUUUAUGUCGGCUUCUCGCGCCCCUUACAGAAAGAUGAUCUAUGGCAGUUACCCCCACAACGACUGACAUCCAGUUUGAGUGCAGAGGUGGAGAAGAACUUCUAUGGACGGUGUCCUCCCGAACAACGCCCAGCGUAUAUGCGAGAUAACCCGGCCCAGCGAGCGGACGAUCAAUCGACGAGUUCUCGCUCCGGAAAGGGGAAAGCAGAUGCAGGUGUUAUUGAGAAGGAAGAGAAGGCCGCGAGAAAAGGACCCGAAUCACCCGAAUACGACGCAUCCUUGGUGAAAUCUCUUUAUCGAACAUUUUUCUGGAGUUGGUGGGGAUCUGGAGCACUCAAAUUAUUCUCAGAUACUCUGAAGACGACAACGCCUCUCUUGAACAAGGUCUUGCUGACUUGGCUGACGAAUUCAUACAUCUAUUAUCGAGCGUCUGAGGAUGAGCGUGCUGCAGGAAAUCUUGAGAAGCCUCAAGGAGUCGGUUAUGGCAUCGGUUUGGCAUUUGCUCUGUUUGUUAUGCAAGAAUCUGCGAGCUUGAUGACGAAUCACUACAUGCGAAUAUCUAUGACCACGGGCUUGUCUGUUCGAACGGCGGUCAUUGGGGCCAUAUUCCGGAAAUCCUUGCGUCUGAGUGGAAAGGCUCGUUUGGAUCACAAUGUUGGACAAAUUACGACCAUGAUCUCCGCCGACGCUACAAGUCUGGAUGUUAGCAGCUACAAUAUACACGAGUUGUGGGUUGCGCCCAUUCAGAUCGCUAUCGGUAUUGGUCUCCUCAUAGGCAAUCUCGGAUACUCCGCGCUAGUUGGUCUUGGAGUCUUAAUUUUCGCGUUCCCGAUACAAUUGAUAUUGAUUGGCAUCAUAAUCCAACAACGCACAAAAGGUAUCAAGAUAACUGACUCUCGGGUACAACUCACAACGGAGGUACUACAAGGCAUUCGUUUGAUCAAGUUCUAUGCUUGGGAAAACUUCUACGCCAACCAAAUUGGUUCUCUUAGAACGAGAGAAGUAGAAACUAUUCGUAAAAUGGCGCUCGCUCAGGGUUUGAUCCUCGCGUGCAUGAUCGUGCUUCCCAUCCUUGCUGCUGUAUUGUCCUUCAUCACAUACGGCUUAAGUGGACAUGAACUGGAUGUCGCCACAAUCUUCACAUCCCUGCAAUUUUUCAAUAUCAUCCAAUACCCCCUUGCGUUCUUCCCUGCCGUCCUCGCGGUUGCUGCAAAUGUGUAUGUCGCACUGGGUCGUAUCUCCAAGUUCCUUUUGGCAGAAGAGAUUGCCGAGCCGUAUAAUAUCGAUCCUGACAGCAAGUUUGCUGUGGACGUGGAUGCCGACUUCAGUUGGGAGACCGCACAUACGGCUGCCUCCGCAGGACCGAAGUUCGUUCUUGACGAAACUGUUCCAGCAAAGGCAGGUCCGACAGUGAGUCAGGGUAAAGAGGAACAGUCGAAGGAGUCAUCGAAGAGGAGUUGGUUACGGAAGAACAAGAAGAAGACUGAGAACGUGUUACCGACGACCACGAAUGAUGAGAUCAAGCAAGAAGAGACCAACGAAAAGGAUGAGGACAAGCCGUUUGCCUUGCCUAAUCUGAAGUUGCAAAUCCCGAAGGGUUCUUUCGUUGCAAUCGUAGGUCGCGUUGGUUCUGGCAAGAGUUCGCUUCUGCAAGCGCUCAUUGGUGAAAUGAGGCGGACAAGGGGCAACGUUCGAUUUGCUUCAUCUAUUGCCUACGUUCCACAAGCAUCCUGGAUCAUGAAUGCUACUCUCCGCGAGAACGUCCUCUUCGGUCGUGACGAUAAUGAGGAAAGACUUCAAGAGAUCAUCCGUGCUUGUUGUCUCGAGCAUGACCUCGAAAUGCUUCCCCAUGGUGAAGAUACUGAGAUCGGCGAGAAAGGCAUAAAUUUGAGUGGUGGCCAGAAGGCCCGGGUCUCUCUCGCUCGUGCGGCUUAUUCAGAUGCAGAUAUCGUACUCAUGGACGAUUCAUUGAGUGCAGUUGAUGCUUACGUCGGGAAGCAGAUUCUCGAUAAUUGUCUUCUAAACGGACCACUGGCUGGCAAGACUCGUGUCAUGGCAACUCAUGCCUUACAUGUGCUCGACAAGACUGACUUCAUAUAUGUGAUGGACAAUGGCGCAAUUGUCGAGCAGGGUACUUUCCAGGAUCUUAUGAGCGACAACGGAAAGUUUGCACGCCUCAUGGAUGAAUAUGGUAACCUGGAAAGCGGGAAGGAGAAGACUGAACCAGAAGAUGCAAAGGAUCUCAAAGGGAAAGCUCCGGAGCCGAAGGACACAAACAAGAUUCAAUCUGCUCUCAUGCAAGAGGAGGAACGCAUGACAGGUUCAGUCGCAGGAACGGUAUACCUAAAAUAUUUACGUUAUGCUGGAGGCCUGUUGUUAUUACCCUUGCUUCUCGUUCUGCUCACGGCGUAUCAAGGCUCAAUGGUGGCCAACAAUCUUUUCUUGGGCUUUUGGACAUCGGAGAGCAUUCCUGGAUUCUCUCAGGGAGAUUACAUGGCUACGUAUGGAGGCCUUGGUGCGGGCGUUGCUGUUUUCUCUUUCCUGCUCAGUUUUUCGAUGAGUCUGAUAGCGCUCUCGGCUAGUCUCCGUAUGUUCAAGACUGCAUUGCUCUCGGUACUGAGGUCACCCAUAUCGUUCUUCGAUACUACACCUAUGGGUAGAAUCAUAUCUCGCCUUUCGAAAGAUCAGGAUACCCUGGACAGCGAAACCUCCUUUAUAGCAUUCCAGGUGUUAACAACAAUCAGCUCCGUCAUUGGAACUGUUGCACUGGUCUUCUACACCUUCCCUUAUCUUGGCAUUCUCUUUGCACCUCUAGGAAUCUUCUACAUGGUGGCCGCCAUUUACUACAGGCGCGCAUCUGUUGAAACCAAGCGACUUGACUCCUUGAUGCGUUCAGCGUUGUAUGCCUCUUACUCAGAAACCUUAACGGGCCUGAGCACGGUUCGCGGAUAUGGCGCGCAGAACCGCUUUAUACACAGGACGGAAAAAGGGCUAGAUAUGGAAAACAGAGCCUAUUACAUGACCAUUUCUAUACAACGCUGGCUGAGCAUUCGCCUGGAUUUCCUCGGUAACCUUCUUAUCCUUGGGAUAGCUCUAUUCUCCGCCGGAUUCCGCAAAUCGGUGAACCCCUCGAAGAUCGGUGUCGUGUUAUCGUACACUCUGAGCAUCACGCAGUUCUUUUCCGACCUCGUUUCAUCCUAUGCCCAGAAUGAACAGAACUUCAACGCCGUCGAGCGCAUUCUCUACUAUACUGAACUACCUUCAGAGGGCGAUGCUACGACACCCAACGACCCUCCACCUUCAUGGCCUGAUCAAGGUGCUGUUGAGUUCAAGAACGUCGAGUUGACCUAUCGCGACGGCCUACCUCUUAUACUGAAAGGUGUCACGUUCAGCGUGAAACCAGGAGAGAAAGUCGGUAUCGUGGGGCGAACAGGCGCGGGGAAGAGUUCGUUGUUACAGGCAUUAUUCAGGAUCGUCAAUCUACAAGGCGGAACCAUCACCAUCGAUGGUCACAACAUCCGAGAUGUUGGGUUGGACAUCCUUCGUAGCCGGCUGGCGCUAGUACCGCAGGAUAGCACCUUGUUCAUGGGAACAUUGCGAGAGAACCUUGAUCCUCAAGGGACUCGAACGGACGCAGAACUCAUCUCGGCACUCAAACGUGCUUGGCUCCUGCCUAGAGACGGCUCCCCUGUUGAUCCUGUCGUAGAGGCCAAGUUCAGUUUGGAUGCGUCUGUGAGCGAUGAAGUGCAGGGGAGAAGCAGCUUUUAGCUCUCUGCAGGGCUCUGGUGAAGAAUAGCAAAAUCAUUAUCCUCGAUGAGGCUACUAGCAACGUCGAUGUUGAAACAGACGCAAAGCUUCAGCGUACGAUUCAAUCAGAGUUUGCAUAUUCCACCUUGCUCUGUAUUGCUCAUCGUCUCAAUACCAUCGGUCAGUCAGUCUAGUUCAUCAUGCCAGAUAUAGCUCAUACAUCCUUCAGUCUAUUAUGACCGCAUCAUUGUCAUGGAUGCAGGAAAGGUCGUAGAGCAUGACACUCCAUUGAACCUCUUCGAUAAGGAGGAUUCUAUCUUCCGAUCACUUUGUAGCGAGGCGGGUCUGUCGAGACAGGACAUCUUGCGCAUUCGUGCCAGUGCUCAGUCGACAAGUUCCGUCGUUGGGGAAUCCACAACCGCUUAACACAUCCUCCUUCACGCUCUUAUUUUCUCGUAUUUUGGAAAUAGAGAUUAGACUAACACGUCGAUGAUUCCACCCCUCAAUUAUGCUCCAGUAUCCGUACAAAAAGGGCUGCCUUCUUUGCACGAGCCAUCGUUAGAUGAUCGUAUGGACUUCAAAUCUGAGGAAAGUAUUUAGAGCUAAUCAAUUGGACAUAUUGAGACCCCAUGAUGGUAUGAAUCUGCUAGAGACGAGUCCGAUGCAAAGGAAUUUGGCCAAUUGUCAUUGUCGAGC